AUGUUUUUAUUUUUCGCUGGUGUUGAAAUGGUCACCUGGCUGUCCGGCUUUGAUAAGAAAACGCUGAUAAGGACAUCAGUAUUCAAUAUCAAGGUAUCAUUACUGACUGAUCCAACUUACAACUAUGCACGAUCGGUACUCGAAACUGCCCAAAAAGACCUCCUCAAUUCGAAUCCACCUCUUUCACCUGACUUCACAUUUGGGAUCUUAGUGGAUUCAAGCAAAUGUGAAGUUGGCAUCAAUUCUCUUUCAUCGUUGGCUACACUUGCACAAAACUAUUAUCAGGACAAUUCUCAGGCAGUCUUCGGGCCGACCUGCUAUGAUGGUAAGAUGAUGACGAGAUCCACUUUCAACAUUGCUGAAAAUGUCCUCGCCGUUUUAAAAGCAGCCAAAUGGGAUCAGAUUGCCAUUGUCACGUGUGGAGACUGUUAUAACGAUUUAUCCGAUGUGCAGGCUAGGUUGGUUCUGUUGAAUGAAUUUGAUCAGGGAGUACAACGUUUCGAGUUAUCUGGCAGCAAACGGCAUAAGAAUACUAACUCAGAUCACAUAUUCCAAGUACUGGAACGCUACCUACUUGGCCGACAUGGUUGUGUUGCUAGCUCAAACCAGUCGAGCCGAAAAUACCCUUGGGCCAACAAUGCUGCAAUUCUACCGCUGUUCAACAGAACCUAUGUGGCAAAUGUAAUGGAGGUUCUCGAAUUGUACGAAUCACUUUUUGUUUUUGCGUAUGCUCUUCGCCUCGAGUAUCAAUCGAACCCGUCCGGCCAGUACAACGCUACGGUCCUGCGCCCACGGUUGAACUAUGUUCCCAAUGGGCCAUUUGGUGCUAUUUACUUCAAUGACAACACUCAACGUAUUGCUCCGUAUUCAUUCGGCUACAUCAACGAUUCCGGCUACAACUACAUUGCCAAACCCGAGAUUGAUCGCGAAUGCAGCAGUGGGACGUGUCUGAAACUCAAUUUGUCUCAUCUGAACUUGCCUCUACGAGAAGAUAUGCCCACAUGUGGAUUCAAUGGAGAGCUGUGCGACCAAACGGGAAAACAUAUUGAAUCCAUGCAAAUGCCAUGGGCAAUCGCUUAUCCAACGCUGAAGUUCAUUGACUUGGAUAUUUCAUCGCAUGGAAGUCAACAACUCUCGGUCCUGAGCUUGAACGAGCAUAUGGAAACCAAGGUGAAAAUGCGUGAUUUUCUGAGAACUCGACAACUAGCCACCAUCAAUCAGACAUACGUUCUUGUAGAAACUAUCGCUUUGAAAGAGCGCUUGAUAAAACAUUCGAGCCAUGAAAAUGUAAACCCGUUCAUAGGUAUCUCCUACGACAGCACGCGCUUAUACGUUCUAUGGACACACUGCUUUCGAGGUUCACUAGCUGAGCAGAUCUUUGGGCGAAAAGACGAACGAGCGACGUUCGAUAAUAACUUUCGGGGAGCAUUCGUGCGAGACAUUUUGAAAGGGCUCGAUUACAUUCACAAUUCUUCUAUUGGUUAUCAUGGAUCCCUUACAACUGGGCACUGUUUGAUCGACUCACACUGGAUUCUGAAGGUAUCCGGAUUUGGUGUUUCACGAAUGCUGUUCCGUAUGAAAAAUUCUGGUGUCAUCGGAACUGAGGAUGGUCGUCCUUUCAUUCCUAAUGGAGACCUUCACUACUUCGCUCCUGAAAUUCGAUCGGAAUUGCGAUCACACAUGUAUUCAAACAAAUUCGAAGGACUUCAAAUAACGAAUGCUUUGGGAAAGGUGAUUCAUUUUUGUUUCGGUCAAAUAUUAGUUAAUUUUUUUUCUAAAGUGAACAUGGAACAAGCCUAG